AAGAAGUCAAGAGAUUGGAUUAUUACAAGGGCAAAAAUGUCUCGGUAUUUAUUUGUGCUGUGCUAAAAGGCAUCCGUGAACUGUCGUGUAUCAGCUUAAUAAAGUGGUUCGCAUGAAAGGGUGCUCUUAUUUGAAGGAGCAGGCAGGGGAAAAGAGGAGGGUCUCGCUCGCUCACUCACUCGGAUUUGAGCGGCAAACGGCAUAUGUGAGGUAUUAUGACUUGCCACCUCAGUUUUUCCGACCAUUGGAACUAAGAGAACGGCUCUACUUACAGUAGAGUCCAUGCGGCCUGAAAUCGCUUCACCUCCGGCUGAGCUCCCAGCAUGUCUCGCCUCUCCUCCACGGCUAAGCGCUACGCUGGCUCUUCAUACAGCAGUCACUACGGCUCAUAUGGCUCCUCACUGGGCUCGUAUGAGCGGGAUAAGCUCCCCUAUAAGAGUUCCUCCUCAGGCUACUCCUCCUCCAGCUACCUGAGCUCCAGCGCCGCCCGUAGCCGCAACUACAGCUCUUCUUCAGAGCCAGACCGCGGUCGGCCCAUCCCUCGCACCGACCUUCUGGGCAGCCGGCGGAGCGAGAGCCUGAGUCGCACUCCAGUGAAAGGCUAUGGCUCGGGCCUCAACGGGGGCUCGGGAUACAGCAGCUAUAGCUAUUCUCCGGCCCCGACCAGCUACCUCUCCACCUCACCCGUGUCCUCCAGCAUCUCGCUCAGUCGACGCAAGUCGGUCAGUCAGAGCGACCUGACGCACGACCUGUCGGCCCUGAGCUUGAGCGAGACCUCCAGUAGCAGCAGCCUGAGGCCGUCCUACAGGAGCAGAGCCAGCGACUCAUCCGAGUCCUACAGCAGCUCCCGCUCCAGCUACGGCCUCUCACGAAGCUCCACGCAGGAGGGUCUCGGUAGCAGCACUAGUGGCCUGAAGAGCAGCAGCAGCAACCGAUAUUCCUCCAGCUAUCGCUCCACCUCACCAGUCAGAGAGUCUUCGAACUCAAAGAGUGCACAUGGCCUUGUGGGGCUACGUAAUCUGGGAAAUACAUGUUUUAUGAACUCCAUUCUCCAGUGUCUAAGCAACACACAGAGCUUACGAGACUACUGUCUUCACAACUCCCACCGUCGAGACCUCAACAACAACAGCCGCACAAACACUGCUCUUAUGGAAGAAUUUGCCAAGCUCAUUCAGACAUUGUGGACUUCUUCAAGCAGUGAAGCCGUCAGCCCCUCUGAGUUCAAAACACAGAUACAAAGAUUCGCCCCGAGAUUUGUUGGGUACAAUCAGCAGGACGCUCAGGAGUUUCUACGUUUUCUGCUAGACGGCCUGCACAACGAAGUGAACAGGGUUACGGUUAGGCCACGGGGAUGCGUGGAUGAUUUUGACCACUUGUCUGAUGAUGAGAAAGGGAGGAAGAUGUGGGCUAAGUACUUAGAAAGAGAAGACAGCAAAAUAGUGGACUUAUUUGUAGGCCAGCUGAAGAGCUCUUUGACUUGCAGUGAAUGUGGCUAUUGUUCCACUGUCUUUGAUCCCUUUUGGGAUCUUUCCUUACCUAUCGCCAAGGGCUAUGGAGACGUGAGCCUUAUGGACUGUAUGAGGCUCUUUACUAAAGAAGAUGUGCUGGAUGGGGACGAGAAGCCGACAUGUUAUAGGUGCAAAGCAAGAAGGCGAUGUACAAAGAAAUUCAUGGUUCAGAAGUUCCCUAAAAUUUUAGUUCUUCAUCUGAAGCGUUUCUCAGAAGCUCGUGUCAGAACCAGCAAACUGUCAACUUUUGUCAACUUUCCUUUGAAGGACCUGGAUCUCAGGGAGUUUGCCUCGGACAGAAGCAGUGGUGCAGUCUAUAACUUGUAUGCAGUGUCCAAUCACUCAGGCACUACUAUGGGAGGCCACUACACAGCAUACUGCUGCAAUUCUGAAAAUGGGGAAUGGUAUACAUAUAAUGACUCAAGAGUCACGCCAAUGUCCGCCAGCCAAGUCCGAAGUAGUGACGGAUACGUGUUGUUCUACGAGCGAGCUGGACACUAAGGACAGACUGUGGAAAAAGAUAAAGUGCAUAACUUGAGUCCUGUGGGCUGAAGGCACAUUACAAACAAUGCUGCUUCCCUUUGAGGCCUCUAGAGCAAUGCAGAAGAAUAUCACUCUCUGCUGGUCACUCGGGAGAAGUGCACACGAUGCCCUUUCACACUCCACAGCUGUGUUAAAGAGUCGAAGGAUAUCCUCACGUCUCCGUGUGUAUGUGUGUGAGUGUAAAGGCAGCUGACAGGCAAUCAUCAUCAGGCAAUAACCCCAAGUGACUCAGAAGUCUCUACUAUGCACUGAAACCGAACUCUUCUUAUCCCAAAUGCGCCUUCAUCUUGUUCAAGAACGCCUCAAUAUUAAACUCUGGUUUCACUUGCUUUUCGUUUUGGAUUUUCUUUCUGAUUUAACAUUUUUGAAAGUGUUUGUCCUCUAUGACUAUGACCCUGUCGGGUUGCUGAGGAAUUACCGAAGCUGUGCUGCCCGUUUGUUAUUUCUCUUCACCCCCUAACCCAUCAUUCUUCCUGUUUAUGCUUAGUUUUUUCCUCAUCUCUCUUUCUUCUCCACCUCCUGAUGGAGUCGCAUAGUCACGGGAGUCUGAGAGAACAGCGUGUGGCUGUGGCGUGACUUUUAUUAUGUGUGCCUGCUACUGAUCUUUGAUAUGCUGUGAAUGGAAAUGUGGUCCGAAAGAUAAGAGAACUGGGAGGGGAAAUAGUGCUGAGAGUAUGGAUUUGUUUAUCCUUGAUUUCAUGCCAUUGAACAACAUGGAAAGAAUGUUUUGAAAAAGAUAAUCUGUAUAUUUUUAUAUAUGAUGCAAUACAGAGAAUGUACUACACAGUGGUGCUGAAAAUGACCCGUUACUGUUUUCAGUUUAUUUAAUAAAGGUACGAGAAUGGCAUUUAUUUAUGCUUACAGGUCAGGAGCUGAUGUGAUAUGAGUCACGCAGUGGCAGUCAAAAUAUAUAUAUCUGUAUGUAUGUAUGAAUGAAUAAAUUUUAGAAGAAUGAACUGCUAAAAUGUU